AUUUAUGUGUGGUGUUCAUGGAUUGGUUGGCUGAGUCCUCUCCGGGUUUAUGGAUAGAAUUCUUUAUCUGGUUGCACCCAGGAAGUGUCAGGUGACACCGGCAGGCAGCAGUAAUACAGGAAGGACGGGGCGGGGGAGGGGAUGUCGCUCUCAUUGGCUGUGGCGGGGAUUCUCCUGAUUCCUAUUCUGACUUUUUUUGCUGCAACUUUCCUCAGAAGUUCAAAAGCCAAAUAUCCUCCCGGAAUCGCCAAUCCGGCAGAACUUCGGAGAAUUUACACCGUCUCCACCGGACUCGUCAUUCUGGGGGAGACGUUGGAGAGACUCGGGAUCGGCAGCCAGGUGGCGCUCCUCCGUUUUGUGGUCGGGCUGAGAAGACGGAGGCCGGCAGAGGAUCCGGAGCUCGCGGUGAAGGACUCAGAGUUUGAAGGUGUUCCGGUGAGACUCUACCAGCCCAGAGCGCCCUCCGCCCGGGACAGGAAAGGCGUCCUCUUCUUCCAUGGAGGGGGAUUCGUAUUGGGGAGUAUCGGUGAGACACUAAAGGCCAACCCCAGCCAAACUCUUCCUGACUCGGGGGCCCAGACAACCUGACUCGGGGCCCCCAUACAGACAUCCUGACAAGGGGGCCCAUACAGACCUCCUGACACGGGGGCCCAUACAGACAACCUGACACGGGGCCCAGACAACCUGACACGGGGCCCAGACAACCUGACACGGGGCCCAGACAACCUGACACUGGGCCCCCAUACAGACAACCUGACACUGGGCCCCCCACAGACAUCCUGACUCGGGGCCCAGACAACCUGACUCGGGGCCCAGACAACCUGACUCGGGGCCCAGACAACCUGACUCGGGGCCCAGACAACCUGACUCGGGGCCCAGACAACCUGACUCGGGGCCCAGACAACCUGACUCGGGGCCCAGACAACCUGACUCGGGGCCCAGACAACCUGACUCGGGGCCCAGACAACCUGACUCGGGGCCCAGACAACCUGACACGGGGCCCAGACAACCUGACACGGGGCCCAGACAACCUGACACGGGACCCAGACAACCUGACAAGGGACCCAGACAACCUGACAAGGGACCCAGACAACCUGACACUGGGCCCCCAACAGACAUCCUGACAAGGGGGCCCAUACAGACAACCUGACACGGGGCCCAGGCAACCUGACACGGGGCCCAGACAACCUGACUCGGGGCCCAGACAACCUGACUCGGGGCCCAGACAACCUGACUCGGGGGCCCAGACAACCUGACUCGGGGGCCCAGACAACCUGACUCGGGGGCCCAGACAACCUGACUCGGGGCCCAGACAACCUGACUCGGGCCCAGACAACCUGACUCGGGGCCCAGACAACCUGACUCGGGGCCCAGACAACCUGACUCGGGGCCCAGACAACCUGACACGGGGCCCAGACAACCUGACACGGGGCCCAGACAACCUGACUCGAGGCCCAGACAACCUGACACGGGGCCCCCCAUACAGACAACCUGACAAGGGGCCCAGACAACCUGACACGGGGCCCAGACAACCUGACACGGGGCCCCCCACAGACAUC